AUGGCUGCUGCGACUUCGAGACUACCUACCCACGGCCCGAACCAGGAGUACCGUUGCAACAAGCAUAAAACUCCUCGCUAUUACCAACUUGAGUGGAAACACUUGACGAUGCCAGUGGAGAAUGUGAAGACUGCCAUAACCAGUGGUCUCCAGUAUGACCUCUAUGGUGUUGUUGCACAUGAGCACAUCCUCUCACUGGAAGAUGCAGUGCUUCUCCCAUACAACGGUCUCUGUUGGGACAAAUGCUCAAAGACAUACUUCGAACGUUCACUCUGUAUUCUCGUGGAUGCUGGAGUGAUAAACAAUUGCACUACUUCUUGCCAAAAAAUCAAUCUAUCUAUACAGUUGGGUGGCCAUCGCCCUGACGUAGAUAGCUUCCGCGCGAGUGGACUCCAAUUCUACGAUGAAGACGGUGUUGCACUUGAAGACAAGGAAACAGUGUUCGAUCGUGUCUAUCGAAUGCAGGAACAGCUAGAAACCUGGAAUGGAGAAAUGUUUGGAGAACCGGUGGUUAAGUGA